AUGGCGGCGUCCCCCGUGCUCCCGGCACCUCCCUGCACUUCCUUCUCUCCUUCGUCCAUAUUCCUCACCCCCUGUUCCUCGGAUGGCCGGAGCACAGCGCCAAGGGCGGCGGCGGUUCGCGGAUCGGCGGCGACGUGGGCCCAGCGGACGCUCUCCGCUAGGUGGGUCCCAUCCGGUCUGGCGGCGGCGAGGCCGGCUGCCAGGAAGGCGCGCCUAGAGGAGCUUGAUACAUCCAACAUGCUCCUUCGCCAGCGCAUCGUCUUCCUCGGUUCCCCGGUGGAUGAUACAAGUGCUGAUCUCAUUAUCAGCCAGCUCCUACUAUUGGAUGCAGAGGACCAGACUAAGGAUAUUAAAUUGUUUAUCAACUCACCUGGAGGUUCUAUAACAGCAGGAAUGGGAGUAUAUGAUGCUAUGAAAUUUUGCAAAGCUGAUGUCUCAACUGUUUGCUUUGGAUUGGCGGCUUCAAUGGGUGCAUUUUUACUUGCUGCUGGGACAAAGGGUAAGAGGUACUGCAUGCCAAAUGCAAGGAUUAUGAUCCAUCAGCCAUCAGGUGGUGCUGGCGGGAAAGUCACGGAGAUGGGACUACAAAUAAGAGAGAUGAUGUACGAGAAGAUUAAGAUCAAUAAAAUAAUGUCGAGAAUUACUGGAAAAUCUGUAGAGCAGAUUGAUGAAGACACAAAGUUUGAUUAUUUCAUGAGUCCUUGGGAAGCCAAGGAUUAUGGGAUAGUUGACAGUAUCAUAGAUGAGGGGAAACGAGGGUUGGUAGCGCCCUUGGCAGGAUCUGUUCCACCUCCAAAAUCGCGUGUGUGGUACUUGUGGAAGGCUUCGGGGCCGACCAGGAAGAUCAUGAAACAUCUACCUUCAGAGGAGAAACUAAUUCACAAUGGUAACGGAAGUGCAACUGGAGAUGAUGGGAAGCUCAAGGAGGCAUCGGCAACUUGA